AUUUGCCGCCACUUUCGCUGCCGCAGCCAACUUCGCGCAUUCAUCGCAUAAUCUUGCGAUAGCACGCGCAGAUUUCCCACCAUUCAUUAAAAAAAAAUCGCAUUGCAAAUUUAACGACGCCAGUGUGCAGCACGAUUGAUUGCCGAGGGGAAAUUUGUGAAAAAAAUUAAUUUCACUAAGAGACAGACGCCGGCAUUGCAAAUAUGUCCAAAACAGAAACAGCUGCCGUGGAGGCAACCGAGGAGAACUCGAACGAGACAACUUCGGAUGCGGCCACAAGUUCGUCCGGUGAAAAGGAGGCGGAGUUCGACAAUAAAAUCGAGGCUGAUCGUAGUAGGCGCUUUGAUUUCCUGCUUAAGCAGACGGAGAUCUUCACCCAUUUUAUGACCAACAGCGCUAAGAGUCCCACGAAGCCUAAGGGCAGACCCAAGAAGAUCAAAGACAAGGAUAAGGAAAAGGAUGUGGCCGAUCAUCGGCAUCGCAAGACAGAGCAGGAGGAGGAUGAGGAGCUUCUGGCUGAGGACUCGGCCACCAAGGAGAUCUUUCGCUUCGAUGCCUCACCCGCCUAUAUUAAAAGUGGCGAGAUGCGUGACUACCAGAUUCGCGGUCUCAACUGGAUGAUUUCGCUUUACGAAAAUGGUAUCAAUGGAAUCCUGGCCGAUGAAAUGGGUCUCGGUAAGACCCUGCAGACCAUAUCCCUGCUGGGUUACCUCAAACAUUUUAAGAAUCAAGCUGGACCACACAUCGUCAUCGUGCCAAAGUCAACGCUGCAGAACUGGGUGAAUGAGUUUAAGAAGUGGUGCCCUUCCCUCAGAGCCGUCUGCCUUAUUGGUGACCAGGACACCCGUAACACCUUUAUUCGGGAUGUGCUCAUGCCGGGCGAGUGGGAUGUUUGCGUGACCUCCUAUGAGAUGUGUAUCCGCGAGAAGUCCGUAUUCAAGAAGUUCAACUGGCGUUAUUUGGUCAUCGACGAGGCGCAUCGCAUCAAGAACGAGAAGUCAAAGCUGUCGGAGAUUCUGCGAGAGUUCAAGACCGCAAAUCGUCUACUUAUCACAGGUACUCCGCUGCAGAAUAAUCUUCACGAGCUGUGGGCCCUCCUUAAUUUCCUGCUGCCCGAUGUGUUCAAUUCGUCAGAGGAUUUCGACGAAUGGUUCAACACAAACACCUGCCUAGGUGAUGAUGCAUUGAUUACGCGCUUGCAUGCCGUGCUGAAACCCUUCUUGUUGCGUCGUCUAAAGGCCGAAGUGGAGAAGCGUCUGAAGCCCAAGAAGGAGAUGAAAAUAUUUGUGGGUCUAUCUAAGAUGCAACGCGACUGGUACACCAAGGUACUGCUUAAGGACAUUGAUGUAGUGAAUGGCGCUGGCAAGGUGGAGAAGAUGCGGCUGCAGAACAUCCUGAUGCAGCUGCGCAAGUGCACCAACCACCCAUAUUUGUUCGAUGGCGCCGAGCCUGGUCCACCAUACACCACGGACACACAUUUGGUGUAUAACUCCGGAAAGAUGGCUAUUCUGGACAAGCUGCUGCCCAAGCUCCAAGAACAGGGAUCGCGUGUGCUGAUUUUCUCGCAGAUGACAAGGAUGUUGGAUAUCCUGGAGGAUUACUGCCAUUGGCGCAACUACAACUACUGUCGCUUGGAUGGUCAGACGCCGCACGAGGAUCGUAAUAGGCAGAUUCAGGAAUUUAACAUGGACAACAGCGCCAAGUUUCUCUUCAUGUUGUCCACCCGAGCCGGUGGUUUGGGUAUCAAUUUGGCUACCGCUGACGUGGUCAUUAUUUACGACUCGGAUUGGAAUCCUCAGAUGGAUUUGCAAGCUAUGGAUCGUGCUCAUCGUAUUGGCCAGAAGAAGCAAGUGCGCGUUUUCCGGCUUAUCACCGAAAGUACAGUGGAGGAGAAGAUCGUGGAGAGAGCAGAGGUCAAGCUCCGUCUGGACAAGAUGGUCAUCCAGGGCGGCAGAUUGGUAGACAACCGCUCCAAUCAGUUGAACAAGGAUGAAAUGCUUAAUAUAAUCCGCUUUGGAGCUAACCAAGUGUUUAGCUCUAAGGAGACAGACAUCACCGACGAGGACAUCGAUGUUAUUCUGGAGCGCGGAGAGGCCAAGACGGCCGAGCAGAAGGCAGCAUUGGACAGUAUGGGCGAGAGUUCGCUGCGGACGUUCACAAUGGACACAAAUGGCGAGGCAGGAACUUCAUCAGUUUAUCAAUUCGAGGGCGAGGAUUGGCGCGAGAAGCAAAAGCUGAAUGCGCUGGGCAACUGGAUCGAGCCACCGAAGCGUGAACGCAAAGCAAACUAUGCCGUGGAUGCCUAUUUCCGUGAGGCUCUCCGUGUUUCCGAACCCAAGGCACCGAAGGCUCCUCGCCCACCCAAGCAGCCCAUCGUUCAAGACUUUCAGUUCUUCCCACCCCGUCUGUUUGAGCUGCUCGAUCAGGAAAUCUACUACUUCCGCAAGACUGUUGGUUACAAGGUGCCGAAGAACACGGAACUGGGGUCGGAUGCCACCAAAGUGCAGCGGGAGGAGCAGCGCAAGAUCGAUGAGGCAGAGCCGCUGAGCGAGGAGGAGAUCCAGGAGAAGGAGAAUCUACUCUCACAGGGCUUUACUGCUUGGACCAAGCGCGAUUUCAACCAGUUCAUCAAGGCCAACGAAAAGUACGGUCGGGAUGAUAUCGACAACAUUGCCAAGGACGUGGAGGGCAAGACACCGGAGGAGGUUAUCGAGUAUAACGCCGUGUUCUGGGAGAGGUGCACAGAGUUGCAGGAUAUUGAGCGAAUCAUGGGACAGAUUGAGCGUGGGGAGGGCAAGAUUCAACGACGGUUGUCUAUUAAGAAGGCGUUGGAUCAAAAGAUGGCGCGCUAUCGCGCUCCCUUCCAUCAGUUGCGCCUGCAAUAUGGCAAUAAUAAGGGCAAGAAUUACACUGAAAUAGAGGAUCGCUUUCUGGUUUGUAUGCUCCACAAGUUGGGCUUCGACAAGGAGAAUGUCUACGAGGAGCUGAGAGCGGCUAUAAGAGCUUCUCCGCAAUUCCGCUUUGACUGGUUUAUCAAAUCUCGAACAGCUCUAGAGCUACAGCGUCGCUGCAACACGUUGAUCACCCUUAUAGAACGUGAAAACAUCGAGCUGGAGGAGAAAGAACGCGCCGAGAAGAAGAAAAAGGCUCCAAAGGGAAGCGUAUCCGCUGCAAGUGGAAGUACCAGCUCUAACACUCCAGCACCCGCGCCCCAACCGAAGGCCAAUCAGAAGCGAAAGAGCGAGGUGGUAGCUACCAGUUCCAACUCGAAAAAGAAGAAGAAGUAAAGCGACAAAGCGACCAGAUAUUCUCCUGAGAUUCGGCUCUACACUCAGCACUAGGCAGUUAAAUAGUUAAGACAAGCGAUUACUUAAACAUAAUUCACUCGAUAUAGAUAAAUAGUUCAUAACUCACGCCGGAAGCAAUUCCCCUCAAAUUCUGAAUAUCUUUUAAAAACCCGCCUACACAUCCGACUAUAUUACUAUUGCGUGCCGCUGUAUUCUAUUCCAAAUAAUUGUAUUCUGUUCUAAGACUAUAACCAUUAUAUUUAUAUGAAUCAACACA